AUGGUGCCAUCGGAUGCCGCCUCCUCUCCAACCACCUUCAUUGACGUCCUUUUUGGUUGGGCAGUUUCUUUCAUCACAAUGUUGUCGCAUUUGUUGAACGGAUACCUCACAGCAUUCUUUGUAUUUACUGGAAUUAUUCUAAAUCUAUUGUCAGUCUUCAUAUUUCUACGAAAAGAACGAGCUGGAACACCAGCAAUUCAGUAUUAUUUGGUGACACUGACACUUUGGCAAACUGCACUACUAGCCAAUGCUUUUCUACUGUAUUCAUUUCCCAACUUGUGGUGGGGUCACCUAGUGUCACAAGGCACCUACGUGUACCUAUACCCUUAUGUUUACACGUUCGCAAAUACCACUCACACCGGAUCCGUGUGGAUUGUUUUGACACUGACUAUAGACCGCUAUUUGGCGUUGUGCCAACCACUCAAACAUCGUGCAAUCGGAAAGAAACGAAGAGUGCGAAGAUUGAUGGUGGUGGUGUCAAUAAUGGCUAUCAUGUUUUCAAUUCCGCGAUUCUUUGAAGUUCAUGUAAUUUUAUAUUGUGAUCCUCCAACCAGCGACAAUUGUGUUGCUACAAUAGAUAGGACUUCACUUUUCGACAAUCAAUUAUAUUGGACAAUUUAUCACGUCAUCUUAGCAAUGAUAUUUGUAACUCUACUUCCCUGCCUUAUUUUGUUUGCUCUCACACUGCGAAUCUCAAUUGCGCUCCGAUCCGCUAUCGCUAAACGGAAAUCUUUAUGCGCACCCAAUUCGGAUGUAGAUACACGGUGUAAAUCAAUGAAAUCAUCUCGAUAUAACUCCUCAAGAAAAGACCAUAAAUCGAAUAUAAUGUUGGUUUUGGUUAUCGCUAAAUUCUUGAUCUCCGACAUCUUGCCAACGGUCAUUGAUGUUUUGGAGCAUGUUGUCGGUCAAUCAGCGUUCAUGAGGUCACCACUUGCUUCCUUAUUCGUGGAUAUAUCAAAUUUUCUAAUCGUCCUCAACUGCUCAUCUAACUUUUGGGUGUUUUUCGUAUGGGGGAAACGAUUUAGGCGGUCUUGUCGGAAAUGUAUAAAGUCAACUCAAAUAGGAGCAUGUAUUUAUGACAUGGCACAAUGGAAUACUGACUCGGAAGUUUCGUUAUGUGCACCGUCAUCAUUUACUACUGCAAAUGUUACGAAAGCGUAUGGUAGCACGGAACGAUCAUUCCGAUAUAAACGGCACAUGGAAUUAACUGCGUCUAGAACCGAUGAAACGUCCCUGAAUCCUAGUAGAACUUGA